AACAGACGGGAUCUGCGCUGGCCGAGACCUUCCCCGGGAGGGAGGGCGCUCUGACGUCAAGAUGCCUGUGGUGUGGCCAACUCUCCUUGACUUCAGCAGAGAUGAAUGCAAAAGGAUUCUUCGCAAGCUGGAGCUGGAGGCGUAUGCUGGCGUUAUUAGCGCCCUCCGCGCCCAGGGAGACCUCAGUAAGGAAAAGAAAGAUCUUCUUGGGGAGCUGUCGAAAGUGCUGAGCAUUUCAACAGAGCGGCACCGGGCAGAGGUACGAAGGGCGGUGAACGAUGAGCGCCUCACAACCAUUGCACACAACAUGUCUGGUCCAAACAGCUCUUCCGAGUGGUCCAUCGAGGGGCGACGUUUGGUGCCACUGAUGCCUCGCUUAGUCCCACAGACGGCUUUUACCGCCACUGCCAAUGCCAUCGCAAACUCUGCUGGACAGCACAACUCUGCCCUUCCAGACCCUGCGGAGACUGGUCACAAAGAAGUGGUAGUAUGUUACUCCUAUACAAGUACCACAUCAACACCCACCUCAACCCCAGUUCCCAGCGGUAGCGUGGCUACUGUAAAGUCUCCCCGACCAGCCAGCCCUGCUUCAAACGUGGUCGUACUUCCAAGCGGCAGCACAGUUUAUGUGAAAAGUGUCAAUUGCUCAGAUGAUGACGAAAAACCUCGAAAAAGAAGGCGUACAAACUCCAAUAGUAGUUCCCCCGUUGUCCUAAAGGACGUUCCCAAGACGUCUACGCCUGUCUCCAAAACCAUUACUGUGCCCGUCACUGGGAGCCCCAAGAUGAGUAACAUCAUGCAGAGCAUUGCCAACUCUUUACCUCCCCACAUGUCUCCCGUGAAGAUCACCUUUACCAAACCCACCACACAGACUACCAAUACCUCCACGCAGAAGGUAAUUAUAGUAACGACUUCUCCAAGCUCCACAUUUGUUCCCAACAUCUUAUCGAAGUCCCACAACUAUGCCGCUGUCACCAAACUGGUACCCACCUCCGUCAUAACAUCCACCACACAGAAACAGCCAUUGAUUGUCACCUCUUCGCAAUCCUCGCUUAUCCCGGCAGCCAUUGAAGGCGGACCUUCUGCCCCUUUGUCCUCUAGUAGUAUUGCUGUUACUACAGUGGUUUCUGCCACCCCUUCACUGGUCAUGUCCACAAUGGCGCAAGCCUCUUCAAUGAAAGUACCAUCCAACAGACUACCUUCUCCCAAGAGUUUGGUUGCCACACCAGGUCAGAUCCUAGCACAGUUUCCGAAACAGUAUCAGCAGUCGCCAAAACACCAGAUUCAUCAAGUAACGCAGCAGACCACACACCUGGCACAGCCAACCUCCAUCACGCACACGACUACUCCGCAGGCUCCAAUUUCCCCUGGCGUCAAGCCAACCAUACAGAUCAAGCAGGAAUCUGGUGUUAAGAUAAUCACGCAGCAGGUUCAGCCCAGUAAAAUCCUCCCCAAACCAGUGACUGCUGGUCUGCCAAACAGUAGCAACACCCCCAUCAUGGUAGUGAGCAGCAACGGAGCCAUCAUGACGACAAAAUUGGUCACAACUCCCAGCGGUACACAAACCACAUAUACACGUCCGGCUGUCAGCUCAACCCUUGGUGCCCGUAUGGCUGCAACGCCCGGGGCGACAUAUGUGAAGACGACGAGUGGAAGUAUCAUCACUGUGGUACCAAAGUCAUUAGCCACCCUGGGGGGCAAGAUAAUUACCAGCAACAUUGUGUCUGGAACUACAACCAAGAUUACCACCAUCCCCAUGACCUCGAAGCCCAAUGUCAUCGUGGUGCAGAAAACAGCAGGGAAAGGAACGACUAUUCAAGGACUCCCGGGAAAAAAUGUUGUUACAACACUGCUGAAUACAGGGAACAAGAACAUAACUGCUUUUGAGUGGAAUAUAUUGGGUGAAAAGGCUUUGCAAGCAAUGCCAGCAGGAACCAAGCCAGCAAUCAUCACUGCUACACGUCCCAUCACCAAGAUGAUUGUCACACAGCCCAAAGGGAUGAGCUCAGCUGUCCAGCCGGCAACCAAAAUUAUACCCACCAAGAUAGUCUAUGGACAGCAGGGGAAAACACAGGUCCUCAUAAAACCCAAACCAGUUACAUUCCAGGCCACGGUAAUGAGCGAGCAAACCAGGCAACUGGUUACGGAAACUCUCCAACAGGCUUCACGCGUGGUAGAGGCAACGAGCGCCACCAUCCAGGAGGUGAAAGAAGAUACUGAAAGCAGCUCAUCUUCUACGGAGUCCUCACAGAGUUCCCAAGACUCCCAGCCUGUGGUCCAUGUAAUUGCUUCUCGAGGUCAGGACUGGUCUGAACAUGAGAUCGCGAUGGACACUGGUCCUACUAUAAUAUACCAAGAUAUAGCUGGCGAAUCGCAGUCCGCCACAUCCACAAUUAAGGCUCUCAUGGAGCUUCAGCAGACUGCUGUGAAAGAGAAAGUGGAAUCUAGAACCCGUCAACCAACCAUAGACCUGAGUCAGAUGGCUGUUCCCAUCCAGAUGGCCUCAGAUAAGCGGCAGGUCCAAAGUGCUUCAUUUGCUGUGGUGGAGUCAGAGUUGGUUGCAGAAUACAUAAGCACAGGUAAAGCGCGUCAGGUGGCUUCAACCAACACUGUGAGCUCUGGAGAUGUGCCACUCACCUCCCUUCUCCAAGUGAGUCACUCAUCCCAGCAACACCACCACCACCACCUGCAGCCGUCACAGCCCACCCGCACCUUACUGCAGCAUGUCACUCAGUCACAGACUGCUGCGCAGACGUCCGUGGUCGUGAAGUCUAUCCCUACGUCAUCCAGUGGAGCCAUCACUCACAUCAUGCAUCAGCCUUUUGCUAACAUUGUCUCACAGGCAUUAAGCAGCCACACGGCUUUUGCCAAGCGAACGGAGGAGACGGUCACGGAGGAAGGCGAAGUUGAAGAAAUGGACACUUUAGACCCUCAGACUGGCUUGUUCUAUAGAGCCGCCUUGGCCCAGAAGCAGCAGAAGCAGAUUCACCUGCACCAGGAGGGAGCACAUCUGCAGGUGAAGACUGUGCAGUCCUUGCAGACUAAACAAAAGCAGAUUAUCCAGCUGCAACCAGAACAGAUCCAGCAUAAGAUCCAACAAACUGCACAGCUAUCCAUACGGCAACAGAAGAUCACACCUCUGCAACAGGAACAUAUGCAACAGCGCCACAUGCUGGUCAAGGAGAGGCACAUACCUUCCCUAGUGUCUCAGCCCCAGCAGACUGUAGUACAGGUUUUGGCUGUGAAAACCACCCAGCAAUUGCCAAAACUGCAGCAGAUACAAGGCCAGCAGAAGAUAUACAUGCAGUCUCAGUUGUCCCAGACUCCGAUGCAGCUGCCGGUGUCAUCCGAGAAGACAUCUACGACCCAGGUCCCGCAUACCAUUGUUUCACAGGGAUCAGCUGUUACCAAGAUCACCUUUGAAGGACAUCAACCUCCCACGGUUUCUAAGGCCACAAUCAGCGAGUGUUUGCCAAAACUCACUCCCGCAGUUGCCAGCCUCCUGCCACCUUCUUCAGUGACGGAGAAGGCCUCUGUAGCAGACAUAUUGAAGAUGUCUAUGAUGGAGGCAGAUAUAGACACGAACGUGGAACCCAUGAUUAUUGAUCCUCCGAGCAAAGUUACGCCCAUUAUCAAACCCAUGCCAGUAUUAACAGAAGCAACCAUACCCACCCAGGUAGCACGGCUGCCAGUUUCAAGUACUGUGACGUCUACAGUGCCACCUCCUCCUAAAUGUUUUCCAGCCCCUAUAAUCACAGCAACGCCUCCAUCUGCUCUUCCAGUUCCUUUACCUCCACCACCUCCACUGACCAGGAAAGUCGACGUGCCGGUUACCAGCCAGAUCAUCCAGAUACAGAAUGUCCCCCAAAAGAGAGCUGAAGACGUGCCUUCUGAGAUUAUCAUACAGACUAUACCUCAGUAUCCCAUCCCUUGUCACUCCAGCUCCAAUGUGGUGGUGGAACCCAGUGGGCUACUGGAGAUGAAUAAUUUUACCAGCCAGAGGCUUGGAGAUGAAGAGACCGUCAUUGUCCAGGACGGAGACAGCAGCGUGGAGGAUAGAAGCAAGUGCAACCCACCUCUCAGUAUUGACCAUGUGUAGUUCCUCUGCUAAUAGAGAACAUCUGAUAGCCUUGAUGUCUUCACAGAAUGAAAAACUGAAGAUGUUUUAAAAAAACCUAAUGAACUGCUGAACCUUGUUACCCCAGAAUAUUUAUGGACGAUGAAUUAUCUAAGUAAGGCCAAAAAGUUGGGAACUAGUUUUCCACCUUUUAAACCUCAUUUUGCUGUGUAUUCUUUUAAAAUGGUUCUGAAACGUUUCAAAAUGCGUAAAGGAAGAGGGAAAUCAUCUUUAUUUUUUCUUCUUCAUUUUUACAGAUAAAUGUGCUUAUGCCCCGGCCCCCAUGCUAACGGCCUAUUAAAAAGACGCUGGCUGGAUCGUUAUAGAAAUCAUGAUACAAUUGGGCUCCCAGGGCCUGUGUUCUAUUUGGAAAUGCUUUUCAAUUGGAUCAGAUCAAUCAACAGAGUACUGACCUGUCAACGAAUUGUGGAGAAUUCCACAACUCGAAAUGCAUUAAGACGCCAAUAGCUUAAUUAAAAUUAGCAAGGUGUGUUCAUAGGCACCAAUUGCUUCCCUUAAAUUAGGACAAUUUAAUCGUGCUGAUUGGAAGGAGCUCUGUGAAAUGUAUCUCUCUAACCCUACAUGACAUGCUGAACAUGGUUAGUAAUGUCCAGAAUUUAAAGCCGCAUGACGCUUGCAUCUCCGACCACAGGACGGUGUCUAACCUUCAUUUGUUUAUUACAUGUUUGCAGGUGAAUAUACCAGCUAGAUGUUGAUUGUCCACAGCAUUCCUGUUUUCCCAUUAGCUUCCUUGUAGCAAGCCCAAGUGAUGGAGUUAUUCCCUUGAUACCUGUACUUUUACUUUUUGAGUAUUUUUGUUUUGUCUUUGUUUUUUUUACUUUUGUUGUUCUGGUCUUCACUUUUACCAUUCGUUUGCUGAGAUGUAGGUGUUUAAGUUGCAGCUGCAAUUCUUUUUUUUACGAACAUGCAAAUAGGAAAGUUUCGAUACAUUUUAUAUUGUGAUAGAUCGAUUAAUUCAUUGGAACUCCGAGUACGCCGUCCGUCCAGUUAUAUUAUCUGGUGUCUGUGCAAAGUCUUCUAAAUGCUCUCGUGGGAUCAUUUUAUUUUUUCUGCCUCUCCGCUGUGACGUAAUGCACAAGGUGUUAUAUUUUCAACAUUAGCUCUUGUGUCCAAAAUAUAUUUUUGAAUUGUUUUUAUUAAUGAUUAUAUGGCAGUCCCCAUUAUUGAAGGUUAAUAUUUUUUUUCCAUUUUUUUCUCUCUCUCCAUGAACUGGGCUCAUGUGAUUGUCAGAAUACACUUUGGAAUGUGCAGACAUGCAUCUUACGACAUACGUGUUGUAUAUCCGGUUAUAUUAAAUUUUUAUGGAACGAAGAUCCGGAAUACUUUCAAUAAAGCCUGAUAGACUUUUAAAGAAAAAUAGAUCUGUGUAGAGCAGUGUUCCCUCUAACUGCUACAUUUUGAGUGACCCAGCUCUGAAACCGUUAUGCAAAGAAUUGCAAUCAGCCCCUGCAGUUUGCAUUGGAUUUCUGCUCGGGAGUUGCUUGUAAAACAUAUUUUCUUUGCUAUUUCAGCUCUGACCUGCUCACAAGCCUCCUUAGAGGGAACACUAAUUAGGACGUGGUAAAUAAAAAUACAUGCGCCCAAAAUGUAUUUACUGUUUGCCGGCUAGUGGUCUUUUUUUCAACCUAUAUAUGUAUGUAUGUAUAUAGUUCUGUGUCUUUUCUCACAGAAAUGUUCCAAUUGGAUUUUUUUCCAUUUUAUGGCAAAGGUAUUUAUUUGGAUGGGGUUUCUUUUAGACUCUUAAUAAAAAUGGUAAAACGUUUGAUGAAAUCCAUCUUAAUAAUAUUUAAAUAAUUAAUGGCCCUUUGUUUUAUGCAUUUAAUGUGCAUAUUUGAAGAGCCAGUAAGUCUCCAGAGUGGCCAUAAGUAUCCCUCUUAUUGUAAAAAUAAAAUAAAAAACAUCUCCCACCAUGCUCUGCUAGAGUUUAUAUUGACUAUAUCUGUGGCUGGCAGUAACCGUAGGAGAUGGUUGUACAGCCGCUUGGGGGCCAUCAUUUAGUCGUGCCUUACUUAGAACCAUUGUAUAAACCUUUAUAGUGCUUUAUCAUUAAUUAGCGCAUACUUUCCCUUAAAGUGGCACUGUCAUGUUUUUUUUUUUCUUUCCUUAUGCCCUUUAUAUUUUAAUGGUUGUGCUCAGCCUGCUACUUAAAGCUUCUAUUUAUAUUUAUUACCUUAAGGGGGGACUUGAGUAACGAAAACAGAUUAAAUUGGAAACUUUGCAUGCCAAGUGACAGUGCUGCUUUAAGAAACUUUAUGUGGAGAAAAGAUGUCCAUGCUGGCUUGAGAAAUGCUUGUGUCUGAGCCAAAACAUUGCCAUUCCACAUGAACGUCUGCACUUUGGAAAUUCUGUGUGUUAGGACAUCUGUUCUCUACAUAUGGUAUAUUUCCCUGGUUUGUGUUGCUCUACAGUGUGGAUCUUCUAAUGAAAAGUAAUAUGUUAGAAAACACAAUACGACCGUUGACCGAUUUCCAUGGGAGCCAACAAUCAAUAAUUUUAUGUGAUUUCCUGACCUAAUAGAGUUCAAUAUUGAAAGUGUCAAUUUUCGUGACAACUUGUUUUGUAUUUUAUCCAGCAGUUUUGGAAGACCCUCCAAUUCCUAUAAUUUUUUUUUACCAGCCGUGCCACAGCACCUUCCAUCAGUUGGUUAGGUCUUUCCCUGGGGCAGGAGGUAUUUGGCCUUUCAGCUGCUGGUUCUGGGGCCAGGCUAAGCAUGCUGGCAAAUGUAGUUCAUGACUGGCAGCACAUUGUGGCAAUGCCAAGCCUGUUCCUGGGCAUAUUGACUCAUCCCCAAGAUUUCUUGGUUUUUUUUUGCCGCUCUGCACAUUCC